AUGAACCCACGAAACGGAAAGAGCGGCUUGAAUCGGCGCCAUUUCCUCGCAUCCGCGGCUGCGGCGACAACGGCGAUAUCGGCGCUGUCGGCGCCGGCGGUGCUGGCCGAGGGCCGCCCCCGCGUCGUGGUCGUGGGCGGCGGUGCAGGCGGUGCAACGGCUGCGCGCUACAUCGCCAAGGAUUCGAAGGGUGCUGUGGAUGUAACGCUCGUGGAACCGAGCCGCGCCUACUACACCUGCUUCUUUUCGAACCUCUAUAUCGGCGGCUUCCGCGACUGGACGUCGAUCGGGCACAGCUACGGCGCGCUGGCCGCAAAUCACGGGAUCAACGUCGUGCACGACUGGGCGGUCUCCAUCGACCGCGACAAGCGGAGCGUGGGGCUCGCGGGCGGGGCCAGCCUCGCUUACGACCGCCUCGUCCUGUCGCCGGGCAUCGACUUCCGGCCGGGGUCCGUUCCCGGAUGGGACCUGUCGCAGCAGAACCGCAUGCCGCACGCCUACAAGGCCGGCUCGCAGACCCAGCUUCUCAAGGCGCAGAUCGAGGCCAUGCCGCAGGGCGGCACCUAUUGCAUGGUGGCCCCGCCGAACCCGUUCCGCUGCCCGCCGGGGCCCUACGAGCGGAUCUCGAUGGUGGCCCAUGUCCUGAAGCAGGCCAAUCCGACGGCGAAGAUCCUGAUCGUCGAUCCCAAGGAGAAGUUCUCCAAGCAGGGGUUGUUCGAGGACGGCUGGCAGCGCCACUACCCCGGCAUGCAGGCGGGGCGCAUCGCAGCGCUUGCGGACAUCACCGACGAGUCCGGCUGGGCGCCGAUCGUGCCGCACACCAUGCAGAGCCGGGCGGACGACAAUAUCCAUGUGCUGGGCGACGCCGCGCUGCAGGGCGACAUGCCGAAGUCGGGCUUCUCGGCCAACAGCCAGGCGAAGGUCUGCGCCAUGGCGGUGCGCGGGGCGCUCACCGGGUCCACGGUGUUCCCGCCGCGCUACUCCAACACAUGCUGGUCGCUCAUCGGCACCGAUGACGGCGUCAAGGUCGGUGCCUCCUACGAAGCGACCGACGAGAAGAUUGCCAAGACCGACGGCUUCAUUUCCCAGACCGGGGAAAGCGCGGAGCUGCGCAAGGCGACCUACGGAGAAUCGCUCGGCUGGUACGCCGCCAUCACCGGGGACAUGUUCAGCUGA